AUGAUAGGGAGCCGAUUUUUUCAACGUUUCUUGCAAGCCACAGCUUGUUGGCGGUGCUCCGAAGCUGUUCCACCUCUCCUACCCACAAGUACACUGUACGAUGCUCUUCGCGUUUUUUGUCUGUCGCGGGCCAGCUUGUACAUGAGACCACGUCCGACGCUGCGUCCACCAGGCAAUUUACCUGCCAAUUUGGCUUAG